AUGCACAGCACAGCACAGCAUGGGACGGCGUCGGAAGGAUACAAUACAAAUAUUAGGAACAAGAGUCUUCAUAUCAUGGGGAAAAUACAAAAACGUCUAGAGGCGAACCAGCCAGAGCCAACAGCUGGCAGCAGAGUGUGCCAUGCCAUGAGUCCUGGCUUGAAUGAAUGGCGUAAUCGACGUGAAUCUAAUCUCGCCCUGAAUGUGGACUUGAACUGGUGGUUACUACUACCAAGGCAAAGGGCAAUCACAUCACAGCUACAAUCCAACAUAAUGUAUGGGUCUUCCCACUGCAUGCCUACGCGGCUCCAUUGCCGCAGAACAGACUCGAAAUCGGGGCUCCUACCUUGGUCAAACUCCCAUGGUAAAGGUCGCUCCAGACACACCGAAUAUCAUUUGCACAGUGGCAGCCAACAUGCAUUGGUCACCAGCUCCUUAGGUAUGCUGGACGGAGGCUUGAAGACCACGCGGCGGCCCAUGCUUUCGUAUACCGGGUGCGAAUAG